UGCAGUUUUGAUCCUCGCACACGGCUGUUGCAUUCAUACAGCGCCCAGCUACGGUGCGCAGAUCACAGGUCUCCUUCUGGAUACAGAGUCAUAUGCUGUAAAGAGAUCAAACUCUUGGAGCCAGGGGUGAGGUGUCCCAGUCUGCUCUGUGGUCAGGAUGGGGGUGAAGGAGCGUCCUCAGUGCUACUUUGAUGUGGAGAUCAACAGAGAACCAGUUGGACGUAUAGUCUAUCAACUGUUCUCCGAUGUCUGUCCCAAGACUAGCAAAAACUUCCUCAGUUUGUGCACUGGUGAGAGAGGAACUGGGAAAAGCACAGGGAAAAAGCUGUGUUUUAAAGGCUCCACAUUUCACAGAGUUGUAAAGAACUUCAUGAUACAGGGAGGAGACUUCACCGAGGGCAAUGGAAGAGGAGGGGAAUCCAUAUAUGGAGGCUACUUUGAAGACGAGAACUUUAUUCUCAAACACGACCGAGCUUUCCUGUUGUCCAUGGCCAACCGCGGCAAACACACCAACGGGUCCCAAUUCUUCAUAACCACCAAGACAGCACCUCAUCUCGAUGGGGUCCAUGUGGUGUUUGGCCUGGUCAUCUCAGGCUUUGAGGUGAUCAAGAGGAUUGAGGGUCUGAAGACGGACGGAGCCAGCAGGCCGUACGCUGAUGUUAGGGUUAUGGACUGUGGUCAGCUCAUCACUAAGUCAGCCAACGAUGUUCUGGAAGGAAAGAGGAAGCGGCGGUCGCAUUCUGCAGACUCCUCCCUCAGUUCUCUUGGCUCCUCUCAGUUCUCCUCUCUGGAGUCUGGGAGUGAAUCUGAGGAGAAGCACCACCACCACAGGCGAAAGAGACACUCCAAGAGCAAACGCUCCAAGAAGAGGAGGAGAGAGAGGGAGGUGAAGAGAGAGGGUCACACUGACAGGGUGGAGCCUGGUCUAAAGGGCCCUGUGGAUGGAGGGAUGGUGGCGGUAGCUGUGGAGGAGGAGGGUGGAGGGAAGGAGCAGGGUGGUUUGAAGAGAGAGAAACCAGUAGUUCGUCCAGAGGAGAUCCCUCCUGUUCCUGAGAACCGCUUCCUAUUGAGGAGAGACCAGCCGGGUCAGGAGGACCAUCCAGACACAACUAAGCCAGAGGUCUCCUCCCUUCCCAAUGACCUGAAGCAGUCUGUCACCAAGUCUGGACGCAAGAUCAAAGGCAGAGGGACAAUGAGGUACCACACCCCGACGUGCUCUAAGUCGCACUCGGCUUCGGAGGAGGAGGGACAAGGAAGCAGCGAAACUCCGCCCCACUGGAAGGAGGAAAUGCAGAGAACCAAGACCUACCAGCCACCCAGCGUAGAGAGAUGGAGCCGAGGAGACAACAGAUGGGAGGGAGACCGCAGCAGGAGUGACUCCCCAUGGUCCCAGUCCCCGGAGUGCUCCUCAGGCCACAGCUCUGACCGCUCCAGCCAGCCCCGCCCACACAGGAAGGAGAAGAAGAAAGCCAAGCGCAAGAAGGCCAAGAAACGCAAACAUGCCAAGAGACAAAAGAAGGAGUCCACCAAGAGCAAAGAGCCCAAACAGUCGCCCGUCCGAGAGGGUCAGGGGACAAAUCCUGGUGAUAUUGAGAGAAGGUCCCUCUCAGUGUCCCGGACCCCUUCCGCCCACAGACGCUCCCCCAGAAAGCAGUGCUCCGGGUCGGGCAAGCGGCGUCACUCCUCCCCUUCAUCCAGAGACUCCAGUUCCUACACACCUAGCCGCUCUAGAUCCAGGGGCAGGUCUGUGUCUUACUCCCAGUCCAGGAGUCUGUCUCACUCCAGAAGCAGGUCUCGAUCUAUGUCAAGGUCCACAUCCAGGUCUCGAUCCAGAUCCCGGUACAGAUCCAGGUCUUUGUCCCGGCUCAGGAGGAGAAAGGCAACCAGAUCCUCCAAGAAGUCCAAGAUGGCUGACGUCAGCAGGCUAAAGCCAGACGCCUCAGCCGCAGGGGCAGUGAAGGGUGUAGAGACCAAAGCCACAGCCCUCCCUGCCACCCCAGCCCCUGAGAACGCCCCUGUCAUACCCAUGAGUGACAGCCCUCCUCCCUCACGCUGGAAGCCCGGCCAGAAACCGUGGAAACCCUCCUACGUCCGAGUCCAGGAGGUGAAGACCAAAACGACUCCAGCCUGCCUGUCCCCCAUAGGCCCCACAGCUCCUAGUACAUCUGAUAACCACCCAGAUAACUCCCACCUGGAAAAGAGCCGUGGCUCUAAGAGCCACAGACACCAGAGACGAUCACCCAGCGGCUCCUACAGGAGCAGGUCCUACAGCCGGUCUCACAGUCACUCCAGGAGUCACUCCCGGUCCAGGAUACGGUCACCAGGUCCCUACUACAGCAGAUCCUCCUCCUACAGCAGGUCAGACUCCUAUGACUCUCACAGGAGAGGCCUAGACAAGACCUUAGACAAGACUAUAGACAAGGGCUGGAAACAGUACUACAGCUCUCUGAAGCGGAUCAAGAACCUGGAUAAGUACCUCAAAGCGCCUGACUCCCAGAUCAAUAUGUUUUCAUCUGACUCUGAGGACGGAACAGCCAGCGAACACAGUCCUGGGCCCAGGCAGAAUGGCUCCAAGGGACCAAAGCUCUUUGGCAUCUUAUCAGAAGACCGACGUCAUCAAGAAACGGAAGCAAAAAGUCUGAAACCAAACCAAAAGUCCUUGGAGGAACCCAGCAGUAGGUCAGAGUGGGACAGUGACGGGGAUAAACUAGGCAGAAAGACCAGCCUGGUGAACAACCAGAAGUCUGAUGUUAGGUCAGCAGAGAUUCCUGACCAGAGACUAGCAGCUCUCGCUGGGUGGGACUCUGAGAGCGACUCUGAGAAGGUGCUGCCCAAGAUGGCCACCACCGAGCCCAAGGUCUUCCUGUCAGAGAAGGAGGAGGGCGAGGCCAGCUCCGAGUCAGAACAUGAACACCAUGUACGGUCACACAGCAAGAUGAACAAAGCCCCUGGAACCUCUGUGUUGCUGCUUCCUGCACCUGUACAUAAUGCCACCCCAUUGGAGGGGAGCCCUGAGAAGGGCCCCGAGGCAGAGAGACACAAGAGCAGGAAGAAGAACAAACGUAAACACAAACACAAGAGGAGGAGCUCUGCCAAGUCUGGCUCCCACAGGUCAAAGGCCAAGUCAAAGCGGUCCAAGAGGAAACACCAGAAGCUGAAGGAGACAUUCCACUGGCAGCCGCCAAUGGAGUUUGGAGAGGAUGAGGAGGAGGAUGAGUCCCAGAAAGAGAAACGUCUGGAGCAAAAACAUACUGCUGUAAAGGAUAGUCCUCAGAGAGCUGUCAGGGGAAGACCUGGCAAAUCUCCAUGUCUGGAAAAGGAGGACAAGGAGAUAAGUCCUGCUUCACCCAACAGAAACAGUUCAGUACAGCCAAUGCCUCACAGCGUGGAAGAUGCAGCAGAGAUUACCAAAGAACUGAAAGCUAAACCAACUGCCAACUCGAACCCAAAACACUCAAAACCUCAGGGCCUCACUGCUAACCUGCCAAAGAUGGAUCAGCCAGAGAUGGUAGACGAUAUGGAGAUCUGCACCCCAGAACAUGACCUCCCUGACCCCACUACCGAGUCAUCAGGCCUUCCGGGCCAACAGGCACCAGAUAUCAGUCUGAAAACACUGUCUCCUCUGAGUCGCUCCUUAAAGAAGGGAGACGUGUUUCUCUCACCUGUUAAAGAUCCACAGUGUACAGCAUCUCUGCCAGCUGUGAUGCUAGCUAGUGGGGAGCAGCAGGAAACUGCAGCAGGCAGAGCUGCUGGUCCUCCUGUCGACCCUAAAUGGAAGCCUCUAAAGGGGAUGGCUGCUCUGCAAGCCCUGAACCCAAACCCCUCCUCCCUGGCUCGUCUGCUCCCCACCAGACUCCCGGAGCACAGUGGGCCCCGGACCCAGCCCCAGGAAGGCAUCAGGCCCCAGGGCAGCAGGACCCAGAGCCAAGGCGGGAGGACCCAGGGGGGAGUCAGCAUCCAGAUCAAGAGCCAGAGCCGGGUGCGUCCGGGGUCGCUGUUCGACGAGGUACGGAAGACGGCCAGACUGAACCAGAGGCCCAGGAACCAGGACAGCAGUUCCAGUGAGGAGAGGUCUCAGUCUGCAGCUGGAGCCGUGGGAGGGGCCACGGAGGAGGAGCGGGGAAGCAGGAGGUCCCGGUCGGGGUCUAGCCCCUCCCACAGGUCCAGGUCCAGAGGAAGAUCCCCCUCCUCCAGCCGCUCCAGGAAUAGAUCGCGCUCCUCCAGCUACUCCUCCAGGAGUCGGAGCAGGAGCAGGAGGAGGUAUCCCAGAGGGCGCUCCCAGUCCCGCAGCGUCACCUACCGCAGCUACAGUCGGACCUAUAGUAGAAGUAAUUCCAGAAGCCGUUCUUAUGAUCGACGCAGGAGAUCCAGGUCUGACUCCUAUGACACUUACUCCAGUCGAAGUCGUAGCCGCAGCUCCAGCAGGAGGCGUGGGAGAAGGAGUGAUAGCUACAGGAGCUCCAGGUCUUACCACUCCUCUAGUCGCAGCUCUUCCCGACACUGGAGCCACAGUGGAAGAUACAGUUGAGCUGGAUCAUGUCUGUUAUGUCUCUAUCCUGAUGACUCAUGAGUCUGUUUCUGUCCUGAUGAUUCAUGAGUCUGUUUCUGUCCUGAUGAUUCAUGAGUCUGUUUCUGUCCUGAUGACUCAUGAGUGUCUCUGUACUGAUUGAAUUAUGAGUGUCUUGGUCCUGAUGAUUCAUGAGUCGGUUUCUGUCCUGAUGCUUCAUAUGGGUUGAUCUGGUUCAUGAUUCUGUCUCUGUCCUAGUGAUUCAUGUGGGUUGCUCUGGUUCAGGAGUCAGUUUCUGUCCUGGUGAUUCCUGUGGGUCUAUACAGCUAUCAUGCCUACUCCCUGUCACUCAGUGUAAUAUCGAACUGGACAAGAGUACAAACAGAUCUGGGACCAGGCAUGCCUUUUGUUCUCUCAUCUUCUAUUGGGAACUUAUUUGGUUACUUCUUAUAUAGAGGGAAAAGUAAUGACCUGUAUGUCAUUUGUGUGGCUAUCAGAAAGCAUUCAUAACCCUUGACUUAUUCCACAUUUUGUUAGAACCUGAAUUCAAAAUGGAUUAAUUAUCUAUUUUCUCUCACACAUCUGCACACAAAACCCUCUAAUGACAAAGUGAAAACAUGUUUUUAGACAUUCUUGCUAAUUAAUUGAAAGUUAAAUAGAGAAAUAUCUCCUUUAUGUAAGUAUUCAUUCUUUAUUUUACCUUUAUUUUACUAGGCAAGUCAGUUAAGAACAAAUUCUUAUUUUCAAUGACGGCCUAGGAACAGUGGGUUAACUGCCUGUUCAGGGGCAGAAAUCGGGGUUUUGAACUUGCAACCUUCCGGUUACUUGUCCAACGCUCUAACCACUAGGCUACCCUGCCGCCCCUGCCUGGCAGCGAUUACAGCUGUGAGUGUUUCUGGGUAAGUCUCUAAGAGAUUUGCACACCAGGAUUGUACAACAUUUGCACAUUAUUCUUUCAAAAUUUCUUCAAGCUCUGUCAAAUUGGUUGUUGAUCAUUUUCAAGUCUUGCCAUACAUAAUUAAGCCACUCAGGAACAUUCAAUGUCUUCUUGGUAAGUAACUGUAGUGUAUAUUUGGCCUUAUGUUUUAGGUUAUUGUCCUGCUGAAAGGUGAAUUAAUCUCUGUUGGAAAGCAGACUGAACCAGGUUUUCCUCUUGGAUUUUACCUGUGCUUAGCUCUAUUGCAUUUCUAUUUAUCCUGAAAAACUCCUAGUUCUUACAGAUGCCACAUUUUUGACAGUUUUACUUUAGUGCCUUAUUGCAAACAGGAUGCAUGUUUUGGAAUAUUUUUUAUUCUGUACAGACUUCAUUCUUUUCACUCUGUCAUUUAGGUUAGUAUUGUAGAGUAGCUACAAGGUUGUUGAUCCAUCCUCAGUUGUCUCCUAUCACAGCCAUUAAACUCUAACUGUUUUAAAGUCACCAUUGGCCUCAUUGUGAAAUCCCUGAGCACUUUCCUUCCUCUCCGGCAACUGAGGUAGGAAGGACGCCUGUAUCUUUGUAGUGACUGGGUGUAUUGUUACACCAUCCAAGGUGUGAUUAAUAACUUCAACAUGCUCAAAGGGAUAUUCAAUGUCUGCUUUUUUUAAUCUAUCUACCAAUAGGUGCCCUUCUUUGCGAGGCAUUGUAAAACCUCCCUGGUCUUUGUGUUUGAAUCUGUUUUUGAACUUCACUGCUCUACUGAGGGACCUUAUAGAUAAUUGUGUGUGUGGGGUACAGAGAUGAGGAAGUCAUUCAAAAGUCAUGUUAAACUAUUAUUACACACAGUGAGUCAAUGCAACUUAUGUGACUUGUUCAGCACAUUAUUACUCCUGAACUUAUUUAGGCUUGCCAUAGCAAAGGGAUUGAAUACUUAUUGACUGAAGACAUUUAAGAUAUUAAUUUUUUAUUCAUUUGUAAAAUAAAAAUACGUAAUUCCACUUUGACAUUAUGGGAUAUUGUGUGUAGGCCAGUGACACAAAAUCUAAAUGUAAUCCAUUUUAAUGUCUGGCUGUAACACAACACAAUGUGUAAUAAGUCAAGGUUGUGAAUACUUUCUGAAGGCACUGUAUAUUUGUUUAUUCCUAACAGACAGUUUUAAUUUGUUUUUUUUUAUUCAUUUGAUUUAGUAUUGAUUUUAUACACUGAAAUAACUGAAUGUACAUCAAGCAAGAAACUGAUCCAAUGUUUAGUUUAUGAUAGACGAGUUCUGUUUUUGUUUGAGAAUUAUCAAUGGGUUAAAUGUAUUUGAUAGUUUGCAUUUAAACGGUGGUCACCGCACAUCAUGUGGGUAAAGGAAGAAAAGCAAUGCCUUAAGCUGCUUGGACAGGGUGAGACAGAUGGCAGGACGGGGGCCCUAUGGUUAGUUAAUAGUGGUUAGCAGGAGGUGUUUAUUUUGCUUGUCAUAAAAGUACAAUUGUUUGUUCUAGAUUGCAGGAAAAGGCAGUUUGACGUUCAAAAACGAAUCCGAAAGGGGACUGCCCCCCCCCCCCCCCGCCGUAUUCAGCAGCGCCACAAAAAAAUCCUGGGUUAGUAGUGGUUGGUACUGGAUCAUUCUCAUUAGUAUAUACCGCAGCAAACUAUACCAACGUUUUGCAAAGGAAAUUAGUUUCUCAUCGGUCAAGUUCAGGUCAGGCUUUCUUCCAUUUUUGACCCAGGUAAGUGAUUACAGAAGACAAAUGCCUGUUUAGUUUUUCACUGAAUAUUUUCAUUGUUCUAACAGUUAUUUUGCCUCAAUAGUUUAAUGAAUGUACAACAUGUGUUGACGAGAUGUCUGUAUCCUGCGGUCAUUGAAAAGGCUGCAUUCAAACAUUAAAACUCAAGUAAGGCUUUUC